AUUCUUUGUUGACAGCAGCAAUCUUCUGAAAAAUCAUGGUACGCACCAAAGCUGAUGCUGGCAGCACUCGAGUGUCAGCUGCAAAGGCACCAAGAAAGAUGACUUCAUCUGCUAGUGCAUCUCCUCUUGGUAAAGCUGGUUCUUCUAAAGAGAGAGGAUCAGGUGGGAACAGCUACAACCCCCAGCCUACUCCCUCAUGGCAAAAAGGAAUUUCUCGAUUCUUCAAACCCAUUUCUCCAUCGAAGGAAAAUGUCACCAACUCCAGUGAUCAUUCCUGCACUCCAAGCCCCACCAAUGACAAAAUGGAUGCUGAUGCUGGACCGUCAUCCAGCAGUACCUCAGGAUAGAAAUUUUUUUCAUUUGACCUAUCUAUAUCUUAGAAUACGUUUUUUACACUGUAGCUUGUUAUUCACUCAAGACUUAUCUACUACACAGACAAGAUAUUGUUCCUGUUUUGUAAUGCUAGCCAAAAAGCAAUAAUAUUUCACAUAAUUUCAACAUUGCCCUUGAUCGAAGUAAGAAGUAAGUCUUAGAAGUAUUCGCACCAUUUUUUAUAUGUUUCUACCAGUAAUAAAAAAGUUCAGAAACAGGAUUUGUAUUGCUGUGUAAUCUGUUGCGAGAAUACAUCCUCAUUAACUUUAUAUCUAAAUUGUGUUGUUUUAUUCUUUAUAUCUGAUCUUUAUAACUUUCUAUGAUUUGCUCCCAAUCACCUAAAAUUUUCCUUGCAUGAAAUUAUCGCAGUUUCAGAGCAAGAGAAGCAAGGCCCUGAUACUUCAUUGUUACAUCUCUCAUUUAGUAAUUUCUUCGUAUCAUGAGCAGAAAUAAUUUGAUCGGAACUUCUAUUGCCCUGACUUGUUAUGAAGAUAGCAUGAAUAAAUGACACAAUGAGACGGUUUGAAGAUGCCGUUUAGUUGCAAGAUUUUCACUCGAGUACAAUUUUAGUAGAUAAGCAUUAACUGUGUGACUUCAGCGAUAAUUAAUGAAAUGUUGUGAAGUGUUUCAUUCAUUGCCUGCUUACCUAAUAAACACUACAUACUUGAAAUGGCGGCCCUCCUGACGCCCUUCAGAAGAUAAUGUUGCACGUUUAUUCUAAAUUGAAAUAGUUUUGGCUUAAGUUUAAUACAUGCAUGCUGUCGUUCAAUUGUGCAUAAUAGAUAAUUUCGUAUUUCA